AAUGCCUAAAUCAAAGGAACUUGUUUCUUCAAGCUCUUCUGGCAGCGAUUCUGACAGUGAAGUUGACAAAAAGUUAAAGAGGAAAAAGCAAGUUGCUUCAGAAAAGCCUGUAAAGAAGCAAAAGACCGGUGAGACUUCAAGAGCCCUGUCAUCUUCUAAACAGAGCAGCAGCAGCAGGGAUGACAACAUGUUCCAGAUUGGGAAAAUGAGGUACGUCAGCGUACGGGACUUUAAAGGAAAAGUCCUAAUUGAUAUUAGAGAAUAUUGGAUGGAUCAAGAAGGUGAAAUGAAACCAGGAAGAAAAGGUAUUUCCUUAAACCCUGAGCAAUGGAGCCAGCUGAAGGAACAGAUUUCUGACAUUGACGAUGCAGUGAGAAAACUGUAAAAUCUGAGCCAUACAACCUGUACUGUCCUAGUUGUUUUAACCUGUCUUUUUACAUUGGCUUUGUUUUUUAAAUGUUGUUUUCCAGGCUAUUGUAUAUUUGGAUUGCAGAACAAUUUGUAAGAAUACUUUUUUUUUUUUAAUGUGCAUUAUUAAAAACGUUCUGAGUGAAGCUAAUUGUCAACUUUAUUAAGGGGGUUGCUUUGUGCCCACCACCUAGUGUAAAAUAAAAUCAAGUAAUACAAUCUUAACUGUUGUGGCCUUCUUUGAUCAGAAGAAUUGGUACUAUUUAAGGCCAAAAGUUAACAGUUUAUAGACCUUUUAAUUUCAAUGCGGCUUUUACAUUCAAAAGGAUUUAUAUUGUAUUGAAUUUAUAAACUUGAUCUGUGAAAUCCAUAGUUGAUUCUUCUAAACAAAUGUCUAGACUGAUUUUCAACCCCACUGAUACUUCACUUCCCUUUUUAUCUUUACUUCAUUUUUCUUCUAUAACUUGUCAUGUUCAGUGUUCAUUUUACUUUUUGCUUUUUCUUGAAUAUAUUCUGCUAAUCUGGAAAGUCAGUGAAACUGUCUAAAUGUUAGUUAUCUCAAUAAGGUACUUGUAACUAAAAUAUUAUAUGAGAACUACAAUCACUAAUUCUACUGUAUUAAAUAUUAGGAGACAUAGUUUGAUAAACAAUAUGGCUUGUGUGAAAACUCUGAGCAAGUAAGUGUAUGUCAUGACCUGUAGUGUUCUGUGUAGUAGUUAUCUUAUUGCUUAGUCUGCAGAAAAUAAUGACUUAGAUGUCUGAUUUGCUUUCUCUUAUUAAACAUGUUCACCGUAGGAUGAUGUCUGUAGAAUCAGAUAUUGUUAAAUUAGACUAGGAUUUAAUAAAAGUUGUGAAAGUU